AUGAAGUCCGCUGAGCACUCCAGAGCCCAGAACCCACGCUGUGCAGUCAUGACCUUCCACCCAACCAUGGAGGAGUUUACAGAUUUCAACAGAUACAUCGCUCACAUGGAAUCCCAGGGGGCACACCGGGCUGGCCUGGCCAAGGUAGUUCCACCCAAGGAGUGGAAGGCCAGACAGACCUAUGAUGACAUUGGGGACAUCUUGAUAGCCACUCCCCUCCAGCAGGUGGCCUCUGGGCAGGCAGGAGUGUUUACUCAAUACCAUAAAAAGAAGAAAGCCAUGACCGUGAGGCAGUACCACCACCUGGCCAACAGCGAGAAAUACCGGACCCCCGAGCACCUGAACUUCGACGACCUGGAGCGCAAGUACUGGAAGAGCCGUCUCUACAACUCGCCGAUUUAUGGCGCUGACGUCAGCGGUUCCUUAUUCGACCAAAGCACGAAGCAGUGGAACCUGGGCCACCUGGGCACCAUCCAGGAUCUGCUGGAACAGGAGUGCGGCGUGGUCAUCGAGGGCGUGAACACCCCCUACCUGUACUUCGGCAUGUGGAAGACCACGUUCGCGUGGCACACGGAGGACAUGGACCUGUACAGCAUCAACUACCUGCAUUUCGGGGAGCCCAAGACAUGGUACGCAGUGCCCCCCGAACACGGCCAGCGCCUGGAACGCCUGGCCAGGGAGCUGUUCCCGGGCAGUGCCCGGGGCUGCGAGGCCUUCUUGCGGCACAAGGUGGCCCUCAUCUCGCCCACGGUCCUCAGGGAGAACGGGAUUCCCUUUGGUCGCAUGACGCAGGAGGCCGGCGAGUUCAUGGUGACCUUCCCCUAUGGCUACCACGCCGGCUUCAACCACGGCUUCAACUGCGCGGAGGCCAUCAACUUCGCCUCGCCGCGGUGGAUCGACUAUGGCAAAGUGGCCUCUCAGUGCAGCUGCGGGGAGGCCCGGGUCAGCUUUUCCAUGGACCCCUUCGUGCGCAUCCUUCAGCCUGAGCGCUACGAGCUGUGGAAACGUGGGCAAGACCCGACGGUGGUGGAGCACAGGGAGCACAGGGAGCACAGGGCGCCCAGGGCACCGGCUGGUCAGGAGCUGCGAGCUUCGAGGAAGGACCGGGGGCCCAGGAAAGCCACGGAGCGCGGGAGACCUCUCCACAAGCGCAGGGUGGGACGCCCCCGUCACGCUGUGACUUCUAGUGAUGGGACUGGCAGCCAAGCAUUCAUGCAAUCUACACCUUCUUUGGACGCCAGAGGCGCUACUACCCAAGAUAAGGUCACUGCCACAGUCAGCUUCCUGAAGCCACCCCAGGCCACAUCACUGAUGGCAGAAGUGAGCAUCCCAGAUCUCCAUUCCUCAAAUGGCAGCCGCAGUCCUGGUGGUCGCCGUCCUCUGGUGGUGAGGUCUCAGGAGAUGACUCACCAGGCUCUGGCCAAGAGGCUCCGGGUAGGGGACACGGUGCACACAGCUUGUGGGCCCAGAGCACAGUCCCUGCCUGUGGAUGGAACUCUAAUGGACAAGCCUGCACCAGCCAGCCCUGGGCUCCAGCAUCCUGCCAAUGGAUGCUGCUGUGCCCCUGAUCUGCAGCCCUUGGGCCCCCCGCUGGACCCCAAUGCUCCAAUGCACCCUGGCUCAUGCCUGGGGUCCUUGGACAGCUUCGUACAGUGUUUCUCUGAGGUGGUCUUGCACACUGAUCCCAACAGCGUGGUGCCCCAGAGCACAUUCCCCUGGGAUGCUGCUGGGGCCUGUGCAGCCCCGGAGAACCAGGCGGAAGUUGUCGCACUGGACCAUUCCUACGCCUGUAGCAUCCUGACUUCACCCGCACUUGCUAGGAUCUUCUGCAUCCCUGACUGA